AGAGGUGAUUUGAAUGUCACCGAAAUCUGGAAAGAAGACGAACGCCAUGGUGACACAGGAAGUGGUGGUCAUAAACUGAUAAUGCUCUUCACUGACGGUGUCGAAGAAUGGCCAAUUGGUGUGAUUAACAGUCGAAAAUCAUUGCAAUCCACCGAUCCGAUUCGUGUAUUUGGUUUUUCGAUGGGUUACGGCACAGGACCGAUGCCAGCACUCGCCUAUAUCGCGUGUCAUACGAACGCAUCGUAUGCAAUCGUUGAUUCCAUAUCAGACGUUAAACGUCAAUCCGUGUCUUAUUUAAAGAAACUUUCGAAUGUUCUCGCAAUCGCCUAUGCGAACAAUCCGCCGUCGGCACGUCCCGUCACAUGGGUAACCCCACUAAUGGACAGUCAAGGUUCGGGGCCAACUUUAACAGUCUCGAUGCCAAUUCUGAACACAAUGGAGAAUGCGAGUGGCAGUGGAGUGUUGGGUGUAGCUGGUAUUGAUAUACGUUUCAAACAAAUUGCUAAGAUCUUACCUGAACAUGAGCAAAUGUAUGCGUUUAUUGUGAACAACAACGGAAUCGCUCUCUAUCAUCCUAGGCUGAAAAUACCGAAAACGGAGGUGUAUUCGGUACGUCGAACGGCGUGCUACGAUAAGCGUUCUCGUUCACGUGGUGGAGGUCGUAUUCAAUUCGGUGAAGCUGACGAAAGGGUUCUGAGACUGAUGGGUCUUUUAGAUUCAAUAUUCACAAUCGAUAUUAUCGAACUGGAAAGAGAUUCGAAAAUAUUUCGAAAGUUUCGCAGAAUGAUGAUCGAUCGAAACUGUAGCCGUGCACCGCUACUUGAUGGAACUCGAGAGUACUGGUGUCGAAGCGUUAAAGGCACUCCACUCACGAUUGGCUUUGUGGCCUUCAAGGACCGUAGCAUUACUGUCUUGAGCGGUGGAGUGGAACGUCCACAGAACCCGAACAAAGCCCUUGUGGGACACUACGUUCCGAAACGUGGUCUUUGUCGUGGUGACUUGGAUCAUGUGGAUAUGACCGAACGUUUCAACGCCUUCUUGGAGGCUCGUAAAUGCGAGAUGGAUACGAAUUUGCCGUAUGCACUGGUGGUGACCUUGAAUAAUUGGACAGAAAGUUGGCCAGAUUUGGGCGAAAAUGAAACCAACUUCGAAUCGCUUCUUCCAAUAGCGGAUGUACUGGAGCUGGAGCGAUAUCCGAAACCAUCAAGCAAACUCAAAUUGUUCGCUUUCAACGAUAACAAUAAGAUCACAAUAACUGCUUACAAGCAGAUUUUUGAUUCGGUCUAUUCGAGACGAUUGGCUGUUGGUGGUGUUCAAUGGACCACCGAAUUCAUCGAUCGUUUCUUCUAUAAUAUCACUGCCCACCGUCCUGAAUGGGCUGUAUGCUAUCAGUUGAAAAAGAGCUGUCACUUAGUGCUGUCGGAUGGCUUCAUUGUGGCUGGCAAGUACUCACAACAACACCUAUCAUCUGCAGAUGCACUACUUUUCGAUUAUAUGAUCAAAAAACGAAUGAUUAAAAAGUUGGAUAUCUGGUUAUUGGUGACGGCAACGAUCCGAGGUGCUCUUACACAACCAAUAAUGGUCGGUGGAACGUGUCAAUUCUCGAGGAUCAAACAUCGAGAGAUAUGCUCUUUGGAGUAUUCAAUCUACGAGAUAACGCUCACCGAAAAGCACAAUUUCAUGCUCAACGAUGGUGUUUGUUCAAGGGAAAUUCAAAUAAUGCCAUUCCCAGAUGCAUCACUUCAUCUGUUUCUCACCGAUAAUGCGUGUGCAAAUUUGACAAAAAAGAGUGCACAUAGUUUCACACCAAGACGCAUAUCGGAAUGUGAACGUAUGACACCAAUGUAUCGUCGACGCCGUCAGGAUCUUGAUUAUACAAGAAUUCAUCCUCAGGAUUUAGUUUGA